UAAAACUUUUGUAAUUUUGCAGUGGGUUGAGAAACAGUUUUGCUGCGGAACGGACGUGUUUAGUUAUUCCGAAGCCAAAUCUUGUUGCCACUCACAUUUGCAGAAGCCCGAAGCCUUCAUGCACCACAAUGAAAUGUGUUGUGCAGGAGUGAAACAAUACGCAGGUAACACAGCGUAUAGCUCAUGCUGUGGUACAGCUUCAUACGAUCGUCGAAACUCGUCCUGUCCCUGCAACGACGGUGUGGUUGCCUUCAAUAUACCAGCAGAUGUCGCUUACUGUUGCUACAGUAAUGAUAGGACUUUUAUGGGACCUUAUAAUACUUUAACCGAAGGAUGCUGCAACGGUGUUGGGUAUAAUGAAGCUACCGAGUUCUGCUGUGGUGACCUGAUUGGAAAUUCAGCAACGCAGAUGUGUUGCUCCGAAACCAUUAUCGAUAUUCAGUCAGUCGACGUCGGUCAUCAGUGCUGCGUGUUGGCUGACGGAGGGUUCGCUGUGUACGAACCAACCACUCAGUUAUGCUGCGGUGGAAAUGUACAAGACUUCCCCAGCACUGAUUUUUUCUGCUGCGACAACGAGGUGUUUAGCAAAAGUCUUGGCGACGCUUGUUGUAACGGUCAACCUUAUAACACGUCUGGCUCCGUGUGCUGCGCUGGAAUUAUUGCGAUUGGUAAUGGUUGCUGUAAUGGAGUUCCUUAUUUCACCGACAACACGGUGUGUUGUAACGGAGCGAUUUCGGCUGGAGAUAGCUGCUGUAACGGAGUUGGCUAUUUCGCGAACCAAUUUACUUGUUGUAACAAUGUUUUAGAGGAGCGAAAUCUGACCAUUUCGUCCUGUUGUGUGGAUCAAGCAUUUGAUUCUUACAUUGAAACUUGCUGUGGAAGUCGCGUAUAUGCAAAUCCUCAAAUACAAAUAAAUCAGACCCAUUUUGAAACGAGUCACCACACGAGGUGUUGCGGUGAUUGGUCGGACGAUGUGACGUUGGUUCCUUACGAUUAUAACACACAGACGUGCUGUAAUGGUGUUAUCGUAGAUUUUGGUGUCCUGACUGCUAACACCGCUGAAUGCUGCGGUACACAACUAAUGAAUCCAGAAACACAAAUGUGCUGCGGGGGUGUUCCUGUUGACAUUUCCUCUGCAUCUGAAGCAUGCUGUAGUGGACAAGUGAUAGACCCAUCGAACGCUAUAUGUUGUUCUGGUAUAGUUUCAGACAAACCAGCAAUAGAUGCAGUGUGUUGCGGAACAAUUGGUAUCGACCCAAGUAAUGAGAUCUGCUGCAAUAAUGGAGUCCCAGCUUCUUUGGGUGGAAAUCUUCCCAACCAGACUAUUUGUUGCAACGGCGUGGUUCAACCGAAGCCGACUGAAACUUACAUAUGCUGUGGUGAUAUUGCCAUGGAUUCGACGUCACAAGUUUGCUGUGGGGAAAUACCCCAAUCCGUGAAUGAUGUCGCUAUUGAGCAAGCUCUUUGCUGCAACGGGGAGCUACAGACGUUCAAUGGAACCGACUUUAUCUGUUGUGGUGUAACUGCAAUGGACCCGACAUUGGAAAUUUGCUGCAGUGAUCAACCGAGGUCGUUGAAUGGAAUUGAACCUGCAGAAGCAAUUUGUUGCGGCGACGGUUGCAUUGAUGCAAGCCUGUACUGGUGCUGUGAAGGUCGGCAAUACCAGAAAGGACGACCUGGUGUGAACGUCUCCGGUCGAACCUGCAACAUAUAAUCAGCACGUUUCAAAUAUCAAAGCAAUUAAAAUUCGUGUAGCCAUAUG